CUCAGCAUCGCCAGAGCUAUCUGUCAAGCUACCGUUCAGCACUGCUUAGCUCCUCUGCUAUUGACAAUUAGCUGCCAACUGCUACACUGGUAGAUAUGACAUUCGCCAUGUUGCGUACGGCACCUCCAGCAGGUCGUUUCCUGUAUGGUGACAUCGCCCUUCUCUCAGAAGACGACGAGGAGAACGGGAGCGAGGGUUCCGGCUCUGACGAGCGCACCAACUCUUCCAACUUCAGACUGUCCUCCUCGUCUCCGUCAGCCUUUCACAUCAAGGUGAACAGGAAGAGGAAGCUGUGCGGUGACGGUGGAGGGGUCGCCACUGUCGGCGCCAUCAUGGGGCGACUCGGCCAACAAGGCUCAGCGCCCCAGACCGAGAUUCGCCAGAGGACGGCCGCCAAUGCGCGGGAAAGGGAUCGCACCAAUUCUGUCAACACGGCGUUCACGGCGCUGCGCACGCUCAUCCCCACCGAGCCAGCGGACAGGAAGCUGUCGAAGAUCGAAACGCUCCGCUUGGCCAGCAGCUACAUCAGUCAUCUGGGAAACGUCCUGCUCCUGGGCGAGGGGCUACAUGAUGGACAGCCGUGUCACGCACCUUCGCCACCUUUCUUUCACGUUAACUCCUCCCCCACAAGAGGAUCUGACCAAUCAGCGCAGCCAAAGCACAUCUGUACAUUCUGCCUCAGCAACCAGAGAAAAAUGAACAAAGACAGAGACCGGAAAACAGCCAUCAGGAGUUAACACCAAGGGGACUGCUGUUGCUGUGAUGUUUCAUAUUUUUACAUUUAAACUUGAAGACUUUUCAUUGGACUUUUCAGCCUCUUUUUUUUUUAUUCAACAGUAUUUCCAGGACUAUCAAAAAUAUCUUUCUACACAAGCACUAUACAUGAAUUUUUUUUUUUUUCACCUUCAACUCCAACAUUCAGUAAAGCAUCCGUGAAGCUGAAACCAUUGUAACAAAAAAAAAGAAAAAAAGGAUUAUGGCACAUUUGUACUCAUCAAGAGCUCUGUUGUUGUUAUUAAUGUGUUAACUGUAAUAUAAAUGUGUAUUUAUGUGACAUAACUUUAUAUAAUGAAAAUAUGUUAUUUAACAUUACAUUCCUGACCUUGUGUUAUUUUGGUACCGACUCACACACAGAGGGAUUUGUCACACUUGGGACAAGCAAAGACCUAAAUGCUGGAGUGUUUAUUUUCUGAUGUU